AUGAACCCAGGCUCGUCCACGCUCUUCGAUGCGCUCAAGUCGCCCUCCAGCUUGAGCCCCCAUCUUCCGAACCCGAGCUACAAGCGAACUGUUCUCUCGCCUCGCGCUUCUCUCGACUCCGAUGACUCUGACUUACGCGACCUCGAGAUCUCCGAGGGCCUCCUUCUCGUCGAUGCGCCGAUCAGUGCGCGGGGGAAGGCGUAUCCGCUCACUCCCCUCGAUUUUGAGCACGAUCUUCUCCCGCUCACAGCAGGGUUAAGCAAUGCUGAUGGGUUCGCUGCUGCUGCCGCAGCACAGCCGAAGACGCUGGGUCUUCUCAAUGGCAUCGCCCUCAUUGUAGGGCUGCAGAUUGGCUCAGGGAUAUUCUCUGCCCCUGGAGUCGUCAUCGCUAACAUGCACUCCGUCGGUGCAAGCCUCGGCAUAUGGCUCGGUGCGGGUCUGCUCGCAUGGACCGGCGCGAGCAGCUUUGCGGAGCUCGGCUCGUCCAUCCCCGUCAACGGCGGCGCCCAAGCUUACCUGCACUACGCGUACGGCCCGCUCGUCGCAUAUCUCUUCGCAUGGACCGCUAUCAUCGUCCUCAGCCCUGGCGGGAACGCUGUAAUCAGCUUGGUAUUUGCGGAGUACCUCAAUCGGCUGUUCUGGCACAGCACGAGUGCGGAUGCGUCCCCCGAUAGUAUCCCGCAAUGGGCUGUCAAGCUCACUGCGGUAUCUGCCAUCCUUUUCGUAUUCCUCAUAUGCGUUGCCACUCCCAACGCAGCGCCCCGCAUGGCGGUGAUGUUCACCGCGGUCAAGAUCUCAAUCACCGUCCUCGGCCUCGUGCAGCUCGCUCGCGGACAGGCGUCCUCCUCGCUCACGUCCGAACCCUUCUUCGCGUCGCCACUCUCCGGCGCGGGCGCAAGCUCGCUCGCACAGGCAGGGCCCUCUGAGAUUGCGCGUGCGCUCUACUCGGGUUUGUGGGCGUUCGACGGAUGGAACCAGGCGAACUACGUCGGCGGCGAGAUGAAGGACGCGCAGAGGAAUAUCCCGAGGGCGAUCCACUGUAGUAUGGGUGCUGUGAUCAUCCUUUUCUUCCUCGCGAACCUAUCGUACUUUGUCGUGCUCGACAAGGCAACCCUGGCGCGCAGUAACACCGUGGCCCUGGACUUUGGCCGCGCGCUCUUCGGUCCCGUCGGCGGGAUCGUCUUCGCGCUGAUGGUCGCCAUCUCAUGCUUCGGCGCCCUCAACGGCUCGGCCUUCACCUCGUCCCGUCUGAUCUACGCCGCGGGCAAGGAGGGUUACCUCCCCGCGGUGUUCGGGCAGCUCAACAAGCGCCUGCAGACACCGCUCAACGCGAUGGGCCUGCAGGCGACGCUGACGAUCACGUUCAUCGUCGUUGGGGGCGGCUUUCGGUCGCUGAUCAACUUCUCGGUCGUCGCCGCGUGGACGUUCUACUUCCUCACUGUCCUGGGUGUGCUGGUGCUGCGUAUGAAGGAGCCGCAAUUGGAACGGCCGUACAAGACGUGGCUUACUACGCCUAUAAUCUUCUGCGCCGUUUGCAUCUUCCUGCUGUCGAUGCCCAUCAAGGCCGCGCCGACGCAGGCGUUGGCCGCAAUAGGCUUUAUCCUGGCGGGCAUCCCCGUGUACUAUAUGACGCAGCGCGAAGAGCUCUCGUCCACGCUGAACGCCAUCUCGAUCGCGAAAGACCGGUUCGAACGAUUGCGCGCGAGGUGGGCGCACGGAGACGACUGGGAGGCGGUCUCGGCCGAGCGAGAGGACCACGUCGAGAUGGUCGAUAGCGCACGGACGUCUCUGAUGUAG